AUGUCAGAGAUUCCGUCCAAAGCGCCGCUCCUGGCUCCCACCGAACCCAGACACUUCCGCUCCUCAUCGAGCAUGGCCUUGUCAAGACUUCGUUCUCAACCUCAACCUCAAGCUUGGAACACCUCUGGCGCUCGCCACAGCAGCAAUCCCAUCGUCCACAGCCCGCUCCAGCAGUCAUUUCCAGCAUAUCCGAACUCGGCGUCAGAAGAAGCCUCAAACUCCAGCCCGAUGAUGCAACAGACACCGUCCCGUCGCUCCCGUCGCACCGAGCACGAGAGCCGGAAGCGAGGCGAGUCGCGAUCCUCAUCUGUCCCGAUCAUUGUUCGCACUCUGGAAGAAGACUCACAGCCUGACUGCGGCCACCAACUCCAAGCUCGCACUCGACCUCACUCUCGCGCCACUUCACCGUUGCCUCGUGCCCACGGCCGCGCCCACGAGACCAAUUUCAACCCUCUGAACCCGAACGCCAAUCGCCGCUCCGUCAAACAUCUCACAUGCUUCUGGUGGUGGGAGAAAGGAGAAUGCCGCUUUUCGGAGGAAGACUGUCUCUACGCCCACCACGACACCGGCCAUUACACCCUUGCGCCACGGCAGGUGGUUCCCGGUGAGCCAGCCAAAGCCGGCAAAUCGCUCGAACGUGCCCUGAACAAACUCGCAAUUGCCAACCGCUCUUCGGCUUCGCUGUCGUCGCUUGCCAAUGCCCCGGUUCAGGCUUAUGAGGCACACAAUAACGCCGUCUGUACAAAUGUCGACCCAAGCUCUCACCCAGAGACACCUCAGGCGGUCGAGUGCAGCCGGUCUAGCACGCCUUCGCCGCUGGAGAUUGGGCAGGGCCAGGCACAAGCCACACGACAACUCCAAACAGACAACGACUUUCUCCGCAGUUUGGUCCAGGAGACGCAGCGCGAGAAGCGUGCUCUCGUCGACACCAUCGAGUCUCUGCAGAAGGAGAAGCUCCAGCUCCAGUCCCGAAUUGAGGCCAUGUCCAGCGAUCGCGGCAAUCUGCUGUUCGAGCGAGAGGUUCUGCAGGCCACGGUCAAGAAGCUGCAGUUCACCAAUACCAGUAGCAACGCCAUGUCAAUGCGCUCCCCUACUACUAGCUUCGGCCCAAGUCUCAGUCAAAGCCCCUGGGGCGCCAUCGGCAGCCGGCGACCUAGCCCUGUCGAGGGUGUGCAGCAGUCUCAGAGAACGGUCAGUGACGGGUCGACAGAUCUUGCCAACAACAAACCCAGCAACAGCAGCCUCGUCAACAACAUUGGCACUCAUGCCGCCUUGGACCUUGCGGCAAUGCCACAGGCCAGCCCGGACGCCCGGCUCAGCAACGACUUCAGUUCGCUCGGCGACGGCAAUGAAGGCGAGAAGCUGAAGAGCGUGUUGAGGAGUCUUGGCCCGACUUUUUGA